AUGCAGACAAGUACAUAGUGCAAUCACUGAUUCGCGCGUACUCUCCCGCGACUUAGAUUGAAUUGUUCAUCACACCAUUCCUAUCCCCUGAUGUUGCAGUCACUACAACCACCAUCGGAUCCGUUACCUGCUUUACGGGGCUGGCAUCCAGGAGAACAAGCCGUUCAGGCAAUCAUCCACCUCCCCGAGCGCGUUGCAAUCACUGCGGUCGUGGAUAGGUUGCCCGAGCAGCAUCGCCUCUUCCACACAAGCCGACUACAUUUCUUACCCGUCACUACUCUAGACCAGCAAGGGAGACCGUGGGCAUCUAUUCUCUGCUCACAUGAUGGGAUGCCAAGCUUUAUCUCAUCUCCUACCAACGCUUUGCUCACGAUCAAGGCACACCUAUGGCCUGGAGAUCCAAUCAUUCAGAACCUCUCCCAGAUUCAUGAUGGAAAACGACUUUUUUCCGGGAUCGGGCUUGAGGUUUCGACUAGGAGGAGGAACAAGUUCUCUGGCCAUAUAUCCAAUGUUUCAUUGAGAGGUCUGGAUGUGGAUCUUACUUCCGUAGUCACUCAAGCCCUGGGGUUGUGUCCGAAAUACAUCAAUAUCAGGUCGAUCAUGCCAUUUCACCGGACAUCGCCACGCCUCAUCUAUGAGCGGUUUAGCCUAAGGGACGGGGAACGCCUGCCUGAUGAUGUCAUUGCAUACAUCCAUGCAGCUGAUACCGCUUUCUUGUCCACAUCCUACGUAGCCACCCAGGAGGAUGAAAACACUUAUCCCUCUCGAGUUGGUGUCAAUCAUAGAGGGGGUCGCCCCGGAUUCGUUCGAGUCAGACCUUCCGAUGGGAAGACUCUCGUGCUUCCCAAUUAUGCUGGGAAUCGCGUGAUGAACUCGCUUGGUGAUAUACACAUCACGCCAGUUGCCGGACUCGUUUUCCCUUCAUUUUCCACCGGAUCCAUCCUGUAUCUUACCGGGAAAGCUGAAAACCUGUAUGGCGCCUCUGCGCGAGCAAUAAUGCCAAAUAUGAAUAUCGUCUCCACCAUCUGCGUCACUGGAUUCUCCUUUGUCGAAAACGCCAUCCCGUUGAGGGAGACAGGGUCAUCGGAACGUAGCCCCUACAGCCCACCCGUCUGCUACUUAGCAGAAGAAAAGCCGCCAUCUGUAUCAUUUGCAGACAUCACCCUUAACAUGAUAAAGACGCGAGUGCUAGAUGACACUCUCAUGACCCUCACUUUUGAGUCCUCACGACCUGUGGAGAUCAACCCAAGCCAAAACUGCGUGCUGGAGUUGUCGGAGUUCCUACGCAAACGCUCACACGCGUUGUUGGACUGGGAGGAGGAUGAGAGCACAGUGAACGAUGACUGUGUACGUACCUGGACGGUAUCCACGCCUCCAGCGCCAGAUACACCAUGCACUCUUUCUCUCACAAUGAGAGCGAUCAAAGGCGGCCUUAUUACUCCAAUUUUAUAUCAGCUUGCUCGGAGUGUUGAUCCGCAGCUGACUGGAGAAGAAAUUGACGUCACAGGCUUGAAAGUCUGCGCUCGACUACGAGGUGUCGGGGGCGAUCUUCCUGUCCCAGAACCUCUAGCAGCAUGCGACGGUGGGCGACGGCUGCUGUGGAUGGCUGGUGGAAUUGGCAUCACGCCUUUCCUAAGCUUGACUCGUCAUGUCACAAACCUCGCUGCUCGGGGAUUCGGCAUGUGGGAUGUGACGCUCGUCCUUGCAACGCGGGAGCCGGAGGUUAUGCUCGGGUUAAUUCAGGAAGCGUUCGUGAACAGACCAUCCUGCAAAAUCGACGGCUGCCAGUCGGCCCCCAGCCUUACAUUUUCCAUUCAUAUCUACUCCCCAAGGCAAUUCCAGCUGCUUGAGCCUUUUCCGCCAUUCGUCUCCCUGAUCCCACACGAAGGACGCCUUGACGACAGUGGAGCUCUUUUUGGCAGUGUAGACGCAAAGGGUCGGGAGUCGCAUAUAUGCGGCCCGUUGCCUUUCGUUCUCAAUGCUAUGAAGUCGCUCCGAGCUGCUGGAGUAGAUCUAGAGCGCGUAAAGCGAGAGAGAUUCACAUAUUGAGAAAGAGGAAGACAUGUACUGGGAUGGUAGUUACUUCAUAGUCCAAGAGAUCUAGGGGAU